AUGACUAGACUAUUCUACUGGCUUUUCCCGCUUUUUCUCAAUGCAUGGCUGGCAUGUGCAGCUGGUAUACCGCCAAAGUCACACCGCCAAUGCCAGGGAUCUCUGACAGCUUGCCCCGAAGGGACGAUCAUUGUGUCGAAGUCCAACCCCAAGGCGCACUUCUCUACCGUCCAGGCAGCCAUUGAGUCUCUGCCAAAUGAUGACAGUACGCAAACAAUUUUGGUUCUGGCAGGCGAAUACAAGGAGCAGCUCAACGUCACCCGCUGUGGCCCGAUCACCUUGCUUGGCCAGACAGACCAUCUUACCGAUGCCUCCAAGAACCAGGUGACCAUUACAUGGGCACAAGCCAACCAUGAUGGCACCGGCAAAAGCGUUGACAAUGUGUUUUCAAGUGUCCUGGUUGUUGCACCUACAUUGGAUGCUAGCUACACUGGUUCUGGCACUACGGGGUAUCCUGUGCCAGAGGAUACGCCAUUUGGCAACGUUGAUUUCAAAGUAUACAACAUCGACUUCACAAACACCUGGGCUGAUUUCUCUGAUGGCCCAGCGCAUGCGCUGAGUUUUAGCCGUGCCAACGGUGGUUUCUACUAUUGCGGGUUCUAUUCCUAUCAGGAUACGGUCUACGUGGGUAAACUCGGAAAUGCAUACUUCUACAAAAGUAUCAUUGCCGGCCAAACCGACUUCCUGUACGGAUUUGGCACCGCCUGGAUCCAGUCCUCCGAAAUCCUCCUCCGCGGCUGUGGUGGCGGUAUUACUGCCUGGAAGGGCACCGAGACCACCUUCGAAAACAAAUACGGCGUCUACGUGGUCGGCUCGUCCGUCAUGGCUGCCAACACCUCGAUUGCUCCUCAGAUUGUUGGCCAAUGCGCCCUCGGCCGCCCAUGGAACAGCUUGCACCGCUCCAUCUUCGCCCUCACCUCCGAGGACGCCAGCAUUGAUCCCAUCGGUUACAUUGACUGGGUUGUGGGCGGUGUUAGCCGCCUUACCAACGAAACGUUUAUGGCGGAGUACAGAGCUUUCGGGCCUGGGUUUAAUGCCACCGGCCGUGCUUCAUCGAACACUACGAUGGAGCUGAAUCGCAAGGAAUACAACCCGUAUGAUUCCCCCGCCAAAGUCUUCCUUACUCCAGAUGGGGAACCGGGCAACGUUGGCUGGAUUGAUUGGCACGCAUAG